AUGGAGUCGCAGGCCCUGAACUGCUCUAGAUGAUUCGAUGAAUGGUAGUGGUUGUCAAGUUGCUUACUCUUGAUCAGUUCUUGCCAGAUCAAGGUGUGUUGCCAGAUUAGUUUAUAUUGGAUUCCAAUUCUUAAUUGGGGCACAGGAAAAGGAAAUCCAUCGGAGAUUGACAGAAGGGCGGUUGCCGCAAAAGGGUGACCAGCAGGAGGACGAUGGUUGGCAGUUAAAACACGAGGCCUGCAGAUCGUUUGACGAAUUCACUCCAACCCCUCCCAUAAAAAAUCGGGGGUUUGUGGGGAAAAAGAGUGGUGUCUGGUCAAUCUUAGUAAUGGUGGUGCUCAUCUCUUCGUUUCUCCUGCAAAACCGCAACCGAGAGCGUCCAACCAUCCUUUUCUUCAUCUUUGACACGAAAUUUUCGCUUCCUUGCCUCGCUUGGCUUUUCUGACCACGAGCCCAAGUCCCCUCUCUUUUCUCUCUCUUCUGUCUGUCUGUCUCUCGCUCUCUCCCACUCUCUGUUGCUCCUUUCCUUUCUGGAUCCAAACAUGCACGUUUCUGUGUGUGUUUGUCGCUUUGUCCCUCUUGGUGGAUCUUCUAUGGGGUAGCUUGAACAUGAAGGAGAAAAGUUGAUUGAUGGCAGAAUCCUUUCCUCGAAAAUCUUCACUUCCGUCUUUGAUAGAUUUUGGGGAUGAUGGAAACGAAGAAUUCUCGGCGCAAACUUGGAAUGAACCCGUACAAGCUUCCCAGCAGAGAACGAUUACUGAGGACAGAUUGAGCAGCUCCGGACGCCGCAACAGUGCCCCCAAUACGCCGUCCAGUACGUCCUCGUUCGAAUCCAAAAGUGCCCAUCGGAGAUCUAAGGAUGGUUGCAGUUUCCAAUUCGCUAAUCCAAUGGAGAACCAAUCAGGCGAUGAAGAAAAUCUAUUCCAGCCCUCUUUCAGUACGCUCGAUGCUUUCUUAUCUGCACCGCACCCCCCUUUUCAGCCACCAUUACCCAGCAUUCUGGACAAUGAAGACGUGUUGCAUACAGAGAUAACAAACCAAGCUUCUUCCCUUUCGAUUCUUGAUAACUCCCAGUCAUCAUUGGAUAAACCGGCGUCUCGAUCUUCAGAUCACCAUAGAGGUUAUGGCUCAUCGCCUGAUGCUAUCAGGACCAGCGAUCAUGAAGCUACUAAUCAGAGAUCAUCGUUUUCAUCUAUAGCAUCUCAAUCUGAUUCUGUUGAGUGGCUGGAACAGCCUGGCGGGUCUUCAUGCUCAGGAGAAGGCACAGGAGAAGAAGCUCCUGCGAAGGAAAAAGGGGAUCUUCAUGAUGAGGACAGAAUUACACCAUUUAAUUAUUUGCCUGCUCAUAGGAAGACGUCUUCCUAUAGCCAGCAGCUGGGUUCCGGCUGUGCUAGCAAUGAGUUGAUUCCCCAGGGAAAGAGAAAUGUGUGGAGAAAGCAUAGCCUUGAUGAGAAGGGCCCCAGACAUAUGGGCCACUCAGAAAGGAGCAGAAGUGAGUCAUAUGCUGUAAAUGAUGAAAUUGCAUUUGAGAAUCCAUUUGCAGAGAAAGAUGCUACUCAGAAUCCUAAUGCCUUGAGCUUGCCUGAAUUUGUUGGUGCUGGAGGAGGAACAGGGAUAUUUAAGCUUCCUGUGAGAGCAGCAAUUCACCCUAAUCGCCCUGGUUCAUUCGAAUUGAGACCACAUCCUUUGCGAGAAACCCAGACAGGACGUUUCCUGAGAAAUAUAACUUGCAUACAAGGUCAGCUAUGGGCUGGGCAUGAAUCUGGGAUUAGAUUCUGGAACCUUAAUGAUAUGUUCACGGAAGAAGGCACCAAUAUAAAAGGGGAUGAGCAGACAGUUCCCUUCUGUGAAUCUGCUCGAACAGCACCUACCCUAUGCUUGGUUGUUGAUCCUGCAAACGGACUUAUUUGGAGUGGCCACAAGGAUGGAAAGAUCAGGUCCUGGAAGAUCAAUCCAGAUAGUUCUGAUAAGAGUCCAUUUAGAGAAUUUCUUACGUGGCAAGCACACCGCAAUCCUGUACUCUCCCUUGCAAUGAGUUCUUAUGGCGAUUUAUGGUCUGGUUCUGAUGGUGGUUCUGUUAAAAUUUGGCCUUGGGAGGCCAUUACUAAAGCUCUUGGUAUGAUUGAGGAAGAAAGGCAUAUAGCAAUCUUAGGAAUCGAGAAAUCUUUUAUUGACCUUCGCAGUCAGGCAACAGUGGGUGGUACGUGUCAUUUGCCUCCUGGUGAUGUAAAAUAUAUGCUAGCAGACACUUGUAGAGGGAAAGUGUGGGGAGGUGGGCACUUGGCUUUUGCAUUGUGGGAUGCUCGUACGAAGGAACUGCUGAAAGUAUUUGGACUUGAUGGGCAAGCUGUGAUUCUUCCAGAUCUUUCUGCCGCUCAAGAUGCAACUGUGGAUGAUGAAAUGAAGGUGAAGUUUGUUACAUCCUCCAAAAAGGAGAAGAGUCAAUCUUCAUUGAGUUUUUUCCAGCGUUCGCGUAAUGCCCUGAUGGGUGCAGCUGAUGCUGUUCGUCGAGUUGCAGCAAAAUCACCUUUUUUGGAUGAUAACCGAAGAACAGAUGCUAUCAUCAUGUCAGCAGAUGGAAUGAUAUGGACUGGAUGUGCCAAUGGCUCAAUGGUACAAUGGGAUGGGAAUGCUAACCGAUUGCAAGAGUUCAAUCACCAUUCUUUUCCAGUUCAGUCUCUAUGUGCUGCUGGAACACGUAUAUGGAUAGGCUAUGCAAGUGGUGUUAUUCAGGUAAUGAGUCUUGAAGGGAAGUUAUUGGGAGAAUGGGUUGCUCAUAGCGCUCCAGUUACCAAGAUUGCUGUGGGCGCUGGCUAUGUUUUUAGUAUGGCAAACCAUGGUGGUAUUCGUGCUUGGAAUAUGGCAUCUCCAAGUGCUAUUGACAACACAAUAAAAUUAGAGUUGUCUAAGAAGGAGAUUCUUUAUGCAAAACAAAACACAGUGAAAAUAUUAACUGGAACGUGGAAUGUUGGACAAGAAAGAGCUUCUCAUGACUCACUAAUAUCAUGGAUUGGUUCUGCUGCAACAGAUGUUGGUAUUAUUGUUGUCGGUUUGCAAGAGGUUGAAAUGGGUGCCGGUUUUCUUGCCAUGGCUGCGGCAAAAGAAUCUGUUGGACUUGAGGGGAGUUCUAACGGACAAUGGUGGUUAGAUACUAUUGGGAAGGUACUAGAUGAAGGAACGAGUUUUGAGCGUGUUGGAUCAAGACAGCUAGCAGGAUUGCUAAUCGCUGUAUGGAUCAGAAAGCACCUGCGUCCAUUUGUUGGUGAUGUAGAUGCGGCAGCAGUACCAUGUGGUUUUGGACGUGCCAUUGGCAACAAGGGAGCAGUCGGCCUGAAGAUGAGAGUGUAUGAUCGGACAAUGUGCUUUGUCAACUGCCAUUUUGCUGCACACUUGGAAGCUGUUAAUCGACGAAAUGCAGAUUUUGAUCAUGUCUACCGGAAUAUGGUCUUCCAUAAACCAACCAGUGCAAUAAAUGCUGUUACUUCUAAUGCUGUUCAUUUGCUUCGUGGUGGAAAUGCCACGGGAUUUCACCAGGAAGAAAACAAACCUGAGCUAUCUGAAGCAGACAUGAUAAUAUUUCUUGGUGAUUUCAACUAUCGGCUCUAUGGUAUUUCUUAUGAUGAAGCUCGGGACUUUGUAUCUCAGAGAUGCUUUGACUGGCUCCGAGAAAGGGACCAACUAAGAGCUGAAAUGAAAGCUGGGAGGGUGUUCCAAGGACUGCGUGAAGGACUUGUGAGAUUCCCACCAACAUAUAAGUUUGAGAGGCACCAAGCAGGUCUACAAGGAUAUGAUUCGGGUGAAAAGAAGCGCAUCCCUGCUUGGUGUGACCGUAUUCUUUAUCGUGAUAACCGUGCCACUGCAGGUUCUCAGUGCUCAUUAGAGUGCCCUGUGGUUGCAUGUAUAAAACACUAUGAAGCUUGCAUGGAUGUUACAGACAGUGAUCACAAGCCUGUCAGAUGCAUAUUCUUUGUGGAAAUUGCACAUAUUGAUGAGCAGAUAAGAAGAAGGGAAUUUGGGGAGAUUAUCUUAUCUAAUGCAAAAAUUCAGGCUGCUCUGGAGGAUUUGAGUUGUAUACCUGAAACGAUUGUCAGUACAAACAACAUUAUAUUGCAAAACCAGGACACUUCGGUCCUUCGUAUCACCAACAGGUGUGUCAGGAACAAGGCAACUUUCAAGAUAAUAUGCAAAGAGCAAACCACCAUCAAGGAUGAUGGAUUUGCCUCUGAAAAUAAUACUAGAGGUGGCUAUGGAUUUCCUCGCUGGCUUGAGGUCAAUCCAGCUGUUGGUGUAAUUAAGCCUGGUCAAGUAAUAGAAGUUUCAGUUCACCAUGAAGAGGUCCAAAAUCAGGAGGAAUUUGUUGAUGGGGUGCCCCAAACUUGGUGGUCAGAAGAUACCAGAGAUCAGGAUUUGGUAUUGGAAAUAGUUAUUGGAGGUGCUUGCACGACAGAGACUAGGAGCCAUGAAGUACAUGUUCGGCAUGUUUUUUCUUCCAAGGCACCAAGAGCAGAUUCUAGAAGUAGUUCCAGAAGGGGUGCCAACCAUCUGCACAGGUCUGAACAUCGAAGUAUGCCAGACACUCCUGACUUUGUUCCUGAUUUUCGUAACUGGCAAUGUCCAUGAACAGAGGUGCCGACAGUUCAAAAGUGGAAGUCGAUGGUUCUUUCUUCCUACAAUCUGUAGCAUGAAUUUUCUCAUGUUGUAAAUAUUUAAUUUGUUCCAAAUGCUCUUUUAUGCCCUUGGAAGUCCGGUGCGCUUGUACCAGUUGUGCAUUAGGGAACAAAUUCCCUCAGCUUGCAGUUUUUCUUUUUUUCUAAUAGUCAAUUUUUUAUAGAGCUUGUCAAUGGAGGGCAUGUCUAUUGUGUUUGUCAAGGACACUCUUUUUCCUGUAAUGAAGCAACAGGAGGGAAUUUUUUUUCA